AUGUUUCUUCGCUACUUGCUUUCGUUGACGCUGGUCAAUCAUGCCUUUGCGUACACAAUCCCUGAUGACUUUUUGACCAUUCACAGAGGUGAUGCCAAGCGCAACGAUGAAACUCCGGUGGUAUUCAACCAGACCGACCCAGUGUUGAUGUGUCAGUCCACCUUCGGCGAUAGCGCUGAAGAAAACGCAAAACUCUGGUAUGGCACCGCGGCUGACUAUGAGCUUGACACAUUCAUUUCACGAAACAACCCCGAUGACCCAAACAAAGAACACAAAUUUGAAGCCGGUACCGGUAGAGGCUGGUUCGAGAAGCUCAAGCAGAUUGUGUUUAAAGCGGAUGGCGAGAUGCCAAAUUGCGCUCAGCCUGGUUCAGGUACCUGUCACGUCGCAAGCGAAGUUUGCUAUAAGCUUAUACAAAAGAUUAAUCCUCAACAUCCAGACGGUCCAAGAGAUGGAUAUGGAAAUGCCCGAGCAUACUGGGUUCUCAAACAAGUCGAGACGUUACACGGAGUUUUUGGCAAAAUCCACGAAGAGCUUGUUCAAAACUCUGCUAUCAAUGCUAGUCUCAGACUGGACAUAAUCAAGGAGGACUUUGCAGCGCCGCCCGAGAUAUACACCAACAUAUGGUCACAAUUGUCAACUUCGCUCUCUUUUGCCAGUGCAUACGGCAUACCAAAUGGUGGUCUUUUCGGAUUCGCCAGUGGCUUAUUCGGUGUGGUUGGUUUAUUUGCCCAGAAGGCACCACAAAAGCCUGAUGGUAUGGUUGAUCUCAACGAGAUCAUGUCUGCUUAUUUCUCAGGUUUGUCCAACUCCAUCCAGGACAUAUUGAAGGAUGCCCUUGGCUAUGGAGACCAGAGGAAUCUUCCAGAGUCUACCUUGACUCGAAAGUCCGGAACGGUAAACCAAGCUGCCAUGUUUUUUGACGAAGGGAAAUGGCUCUUUGGAAACGACGAUGCGAUGGGGUCACAACUGGAUGAGAUUAUCAAGCGAUCCAGCUCCUUUGUUGAACAACGUCUAGUCAUGCAAGCAAUCACACGCAAGAAUAGCUUCAUUACCGUCUGGGACAGUCGAUAUGGAGAGCCUGUCAGUGAAGAACACUGCAACAAGCGACGUGAAGCUUACAAGACUGCCAUCUGGAAACCUGACUUUGAAGGCGGCAAGUGCGUCGAACUUCUCUCUCUACCAAAGAAUCCUCCAGGAAGCGCUUGGCCUGACACCAACUGCGAAAUCACGGGAAGUGAUAUGGAGCCUUGUCAUCAUGAGCCGGGACGUCCCACCAAAGACUGGAUGGACAAGGCGAUGGACAAAUACGGUGUCAACAUGGAGAUGGUCAUCAACAGUGCAGUUGAGUGCGCCUUUAAUGAUCCUCGAGAGCCUGAAUACAAAGAUGUUCAGUUGAGUGGCGGUGCUCCUCAUUGUUUCUUCAAUUUACCUGUCAAGAGAGGGAAAUGGGACGUCGGAAACAGGAGGGCAAAGGACCCCGAGACACGCAAGUGGAUUACGAUAUCGAAAUGGGCUUCUCUGGAUGAUGUGUAUAAGCCCUAG